AUGCUCUGGCUCCAGGCUGAGAAUGGGGAGCCCGUACUACAACAAUUGCAGCUCGACAUCGUCGGUUUCCUCGCCAUCUUGGGCGAGGGUUCCGUGCUUGCUAAUGCCCAAGUUUCGACUCUCUCGAGAUGGAUUUUCCUUCCGCGCUUAAUCCCGGCUCCUCAAGCUUUAAUGAGGCCUACGAGGCCUACUGUACUCGAACCGGUCGAUGGUCAUAUCACUGGUAUCUACUCAGGCAACCACAAAGAUUCCAUCAACCACAUUGGAAACAUUGUCUGUGACGCCAACAACCUCCCUGCACACUCCGUUCGUGUCGUCCGUAUCGAGCGCACCGCUUCGAACGAAGUCAAGUCGCGAACCAUCGCCCCUCUUACUAGCGUCCUAUUCCUCGGAUUCUUUCUCUCCUGCGUCCUCCUUGGACUUUCGAUAUGGCGCCAAGACGGCAUGUCUUUGGUCGCCACAUGCCUUCUAUCGUCCCUGUCCUCGCUCAUUGGGUACGGCAACAAGUGGAAACUCAAGCUGCCGAAACGCGGAUCGAAGAAGGGCAAGGUUCCACCCGGUGACGUUGUCAUACGAUACCCUAAAGGCAGCUUUUUGAUCGUCCGUUGUCCAGAGGACGUGGCAAGGGAAUUGUAUUUCGCACCAGAGACCAUCGAGUAUAUGUUGCAGCAUGGCCCAGCGUAUCGCCUUCUUAGCCUGGUAGGCACGAUCAUGCUCAUGGGGGGAGUCAUCUGUCUUGCCAACGCCCAGAUCGAAGCUCAAAUAGCGUGGGCGGCAUCUUACAUGCUGUUGGGUUCCUCGUACUGGAUUGUCGCUGCUUUGCCUGCAAAGCUACACUGGGAUUACUCAUGCUAUACCGUCACCAACGAGAGCCUGUCUAACUCGGAUAUGUCAGCCAAAGGAUACCCUUCAGAAAGUGACACAUACACCCAGGCUCUUUGGAAAGCAAUUGUCGUAUCCAAACGAAUAGACUGGGUGCGGCUGAGCAAUGCUUGCCCCGAUACGCGUGCCUGGAAUAAGUGGUUGGCGCAGGCCCAGGAGCAAGCUAAGACAGUGGAGCUAACAGAGAGCAAAACGGGAGACAAAGUGACGACAUGGGAAGUCCCGGACUGGAACGCACAGCAGGCUCUGGUCGCGCUCAUGAACAAACAAGCUGCGGACGACACAGCGAGCAUUAAGAAUCCCGAAGAAACUGUGGUGCGCAACAGCGAAGAUGUUUAA